GACAGCAACAAUUACCAAUCCCCCGCGCAAAACGCCAAUAUUUACUGCUUAUGUUUUAAGUUUUAACCCCAAAAGAAUUACAGUGUCAGAUCAGUACCGACACCUCUCCCUCGCAAAUCCUUUACUAUUUACUAGUUUUUACUUCACUUUCUGCCUUUCUCUACUGUACCUUACUUUUUCACCUUUUUUAUUUUUAUUUUUUCUCGUUUACCAAACACACAUAUACACACUUGACAGUUUCUCUCUCUUAGCUGUUGUUUUAUCGAAUCUCUUCUUCUACUUCUGCCUCUCUCUCUCUCGUCUUUUAAUUAGUCGGUAGGAUCGGAGCAAAAGCCAUUAUUAUUUUUUUAUCUCUCUUUAGCAUCUUCUAAUUAUUUCUUUCUAUCUUUUUUCUCUUUCCUUUGAGAAAAUGCAUUAUCUGGUUUCAUUUUAGUUAGCACCAGAGCUGGCAUUGUGUUUCUACUGUUAAUAGAUAUUUUUAUGUGUUCGAGUACUGAAGUGGAGUAAGUGAGAAAAAUAAUGGACCAUAAGAGUACAUGGUUAUGGAGAAAGAAAUCUACAGAGAAGAUGAUUGUUUCAUCUGAUAAAGUAAAUAUGUCUCCUAAGGAAAAUGAAGAUGAGAUUCACACACUUUUGACUGAUAAGGUAAAAUUGGAGAAUGACCUGAAAAGCUUAAAUGAAAAACUUUCGUCAGCCCUGUCUGAGAAUAACGCUAAAGAUGACCUUAUAAAGAAACAAAUGAAGAUGACAGAGGAAGCCAUGGCAGGCCUGGAGAAGGCAGAAGCAAAAGCAGUGUCCCUUAAGCAAGAGUUAGAUAAAGCCUUACAGCAGAGAGCUGCUGGAGAAGAACGAUUAACUCAAACAGAGGCUGCCCUCAAGGAGUGCAUGCAACAGCUGCAUUUUGUUCGACAAGAGCAGGAGCGUAGGAUUCAUGAUGCUGUGGUGAAGGCAUCAGGGGAAUUUGAAAAGUCCCAAAUGAUUUUGGAGGAGAAGUUGGCAGAUAACAGUAAAAGGCUUGCAAAAAUAGGUGUUGAGAAUACUCAUCUCAGUAAGGCUCUCUUAGCAAAGGAAAAGACAAUUGACGAUUUGACUACACAAAAGGCUCAGGUGGAUGCAGACAUUAGUGCUCUAAUGACUAGGUUAGAGUCCAUUGAGAAAGAUAAUGCGUCAUUGAAAUAUGAAGUACGAGUUUUAGAAAAGGAGCUUGAGAUUCGGAAUGAAGAGAGAGAAUUUAAUCGUAGAACAGCUGAUGCAUCACGUAAGCAACACUUAGAGAGUGUGAAAAAAAUUGCGAAGUUAGAAUCAGAAUGUCAGAGGCUACGUCUGCUUGUUCGCAAGCGUUUGCCAGGUCCUGCUGCGUUGGCGAAGAUGAAAAGUGAAGUUGAUAUACUGGGAAGAGAUUCUGUUGAAAUGAGGAGGAGGAGAACAAGUUCUAGUCCUAAUGGCUUAAUGGUCGACUCUGCUGUUGACAGGUCUGCAGACACUCUCAGCAAACAGAUCAACUUUCUGACUGAGCAGUUAUGUGCUAUUGAAGAAGAAAACAAGACUCUCAAGGAAGCCCUCAACAGAAAAGCAAAUGAACUUCAAACUUUAAGAUCCAUGUAUGCUCGUGCAGCUUCGAAGUUAUCCCAGGUUGAUUUCCAUUUCGAUGAACUAUCAAAAAGCCAGACAUGCUUGGAGCCAUCAAGGAGUGGUCUUCCACCACAUGAGGUAUCUCUGACCUCAAUGUCUGACGUUGGCAGUGACGAUAAGAUUAGCUGUGCUGAAUCGUGGGCUUCUGCUUUGAUUUCUGAACUAGACCACUUCAAGCAUGGGAAACAAGGGGGGUCACCUUCUGCUAAAACUGUCGGAGCUUCAGAUAUAAAUCUGAUGGAUGAUUUCAUAGAAAUGGAAAGACUUGCUAUAGUCUCAGUCGAUCAGAAGACAGGAAGCCCUCAUGUAACAUCUGAUGAUGCAAAGGAACCUGUUAACCCCAUUGGAACAGGUUUGAAUGGGCAUCCAUCACAGGUAACAGGUGGAGAGAUCAUUGGUUCUGGGGUAUCUGACCAGGAAAUCAAGUCCACAGAGGUACUGAUUAAUAAAGCUCCUGAUUGGCUUCAGAAUAUUUUGAAAGCAGUGUUGGAGCAAACUCGUAUGACACAAAGAAAACCUGAUAAAAUACUGGAGGAUGUUAAAGGAGCUUUGGCAGACAUAAGUAAUGGGAGGCAGGCAGAGUGUGCAGAUACAAGAGAGAGCUCAAAAAAUUCCCCUCAUGUUGCUGGAUACAUCUCUUGGAAGCCUAUAGAUGAGUCAGCACCAGUAGACUCAUCAUGUGGAAUAACGGAUGAUGAUGCAUUUUUCACAGAUACUAACAAUCAGCAGUUCCAGUCAGAUCUAGGCAAAUCAAUACAGAAGAUAAUUGAGCAUCUUGAAGGGAUCACUUCACCCAAUUAUGAUACUUCAGAGGCUUUAUCUAGAAAGGAUGGGAGUUUGUUCCCAUACAAGAAUGAAACAUCUUCAGGCUACAUGGUUCGUGUUUUCCAGUGGAAGACUUCUGAACUUGGUAUUGUAGUACAGCAAUUUGUUCAUGCUUGUUGUGAUCUCGUGAAUGGAAAAUCUGAUGUGAACAGGUUUGCCCAAGAAUUAAGUGCUGCUUUGGACUGGAUUGUGAACCAUUGCUUUUCCCUUCAAGAUGUUUCUAGCAUGAAAGAUGCAAUUAAGAAGCAUUUUGAAUGGGACGAAACACGAAGUGAAAGUGAAGCAGAAGCUGGAACGAUGAGUCAAUUCUCUCAAGUGGAUAAGCUGAGCCUUCCUCGUGAGCAGUUGUCAUGUCUGCCUAUGGUUUCUGCUUCAAAUGGGCUUCUUAACUUUCCUGAAAGGGAUGAAUUUCAUUCUACUAAUGCAGAUGAAAAUAAAAAAUUAAGAGAUGAAUUGAUUAACAUAGAAUCUACAAAGAAAGACUUGGAAGGAAGGCUUCAGUCAGCUGUUGAUAAGAGCGAAACGUUAAUGAAUCAACUUCAGGAUUCUGAGGAAACUAUUGCAAGCUUGCAAAAAGAGUUGGACUCUCUGAAAAUGUCAAAAGCAAUGAGUGAAAAUCAAAAUGAAAAUCAGAAGUUGAUGAGAGAAGAUCUCGAUACACAAUUUGCAGUAGCCAAAGCAGAGUUAGAUGAGGCUCGCAAAUUGAUUUCUUCCCUGGAAGUGGAACUUGAGAAUAAAACUAGCUGCUGCGAGGAAUUGGAGGCCACAUGUCUUGAAUUGCAGCUUCAACUUGAAAGCAUAGGAAAGAAAGAAAUCCCCGAUCUUGAGGAAGCAAAGCAACUUCGAACUGAUUGGGAGAUAACAGCUGCUUCAGAAAAGUUGGCAGAGUGCCAAGAGACUAUUCUAAAUCUAGGGAAGCAGUUGAAGGCAUUGGCUGCACCGAGUGAAGCAAGCCUUUUUGACAAGGUCAUCUCUUCCUCCCCCGAUAGAAAUGGUGACUCAAUCAGCACAAACACGACUUUGAGUGCACCUAGGAACAAACUUAUGAACCAAAGGUCCUCUCUUCGAGAUCAGAUGCUAGCCGAGGACAAUGCUAAGACAAAGAGUGGUGGAUCCCCUCAGACGAAAGAGAGUGACAACGUUGGCUUUGUUUCCGAUGGGAAGGUUGAGCCUCUUGAAAAGAUACUCAUUUUGAAUGAAACUAAAGUCCAAGAUGAUAAUGUUGCAAUUAGGUCUCUGGCUAUUGUGCCGCGCAAGAAAAGAGGAGGUGGGAACCUGUGGAGAAAGCUAUUAUGGAGAAAGAAGAACACUAACAGCAAGAAUCCAACCCUUCCAUUUCCUUCGCAAUAGAUCAUCACUUUAUGGAGUUUGUUCUGACUUGUUUAGGUCCGGAUGUGAUGCAACAAAGCCUGUCUUUGGUGGAGAAUUUUGCAUGGUUGCGUGUAUUCCUUCUGUAGAUAUAAAUGUUGCGUAGAUAAGGUUUUUGUACUAUAGCCAAACAAAAGAGUAAAAGAGUUAAAUAAUGGAGUUUCA